CCCCUCCGCCUGUGGUCGGUCCGUGCGGCACACGCAACUCCAAAUGGCAUUAUUGUGUAUAUAAAACGACAGAUAUACAUGACGAGCAACUGCAGCCGGCAAAAAGAGAAAUAUGCAAGACCUCCCAGUCUCUCGUUAAUAUACAAAUCAAUAAAAGCGGAAACGAAAUCUAAAAACUGAACCGAAUACCGAAUAGCCGAAAAAGAGUAGAACAUAAACGACAUGGAUAUACCCAGCACUGGUGCCAUAUUCACUUUGGGCAAAUCCCAUCUGGCGGAGAAUACCCAGAGCUAUUUCUACAUUAAAAAUGAUCCCGUGAAGCGACUGAUAUCGGGUCCCCAUCAAAGUGCAGUCAUAUGCGAAUCUGGCCGACUAUUUGUUUGGGGCGAGAAUCACUUCGGACAGUUGGGGAUUGGCGGCCACAGCGGCUCUACGGCCAGCGGCAAAAGGGGUGGAAACAGCACCACUAAUGGGGAUAUAGUGACAAAGCCCACAUGUGUGAAGGCCUUGAAAAGCCUGGGACUGAAGAUCUGCGAUGCGGCCUUUGGCAACAAUUGGUCCGUGAUGCUAACACACUCCAAUGAGAUCUUCUUUACGGGUCGCAACAUCUUUCCUGAGGACACCCAUGUGGCGCAGCAUUUUAUCAGCGCCCAGGUGGAGCAGCAGCAGUGUGCCAUCAUCCGGAAACCCUUUCGGCUGGAGGAGUUUGAUGACUAUCUGUCCAAGAGCGAGGAGACGGACAACUUCUUGGCCGUGCAGGCGGGCAACGAGCACUUUGCGGUGCUCACCACCACUGGUCGGCUGAUUGGCUGCGGUUCGAAUGCCCAGCAGCAGCUGGGGGAGCUGGAGGCCGACUACGAUGGCCAUCCCGUGGAGAUUAAGCUGGACGCCACCGUGCAGCAGUUUGCCUGCGGGCCAGAGUCCACGCUGGUGCUGACGGCCAGCGGAAGUCUCUUUCUUACGGGGCACCUCAACGAAUUUGUGUUUCCCAAGUUCACGGAGCUGCAGAAGAACCUCUCUCCUACGGAGCAGAUCAUCUUCAUGCACAUUUCGAAGGCCAGCGAGAUAUACAUCGUGAGCAACGUUGGGAAUAUCUACCGCAGCUUCGAGUCGGUGCGGAACAAGAGCUUGGUGUUUCAGCGCUUCUACGACUACGACAGCGAGGAGAACGGCCCCAUCUGGAAGCUCCUGAAGGGCUUCUCCUUCUACGCGGCCCUCAGCAAGGCCAACAAGUUCUUCACGACCUUCUCAGAGAGCGGCCACCACCUGAAGACCUUUCGCGAGAUCUCCAAGUUCAAGAAUCUCCGCCUGCUGGACAUUGCUGUGGGGGAUCAGCACAUUCUGGUGCAGGGGAUACCCAGAUCUUCGAUGGCCUCCGCAUCUACCACCGCCUUCGUCCUGCAGCCAAAGGAUGCAAAUGCAAAUUUACUAGAGCAGGGCAGGAGCAGCAGCGGCCGCAGCCUCACCAAGCAACAACAGGUGGCGGAGGAGAUGGAGGCUAUGUCCCCGGACAAGGGAUUUGGCAUAGCUGCGGGAGCAGCCACUGCAGCUGGAACAGCGGCAGCCAUGGAGGCUGUGAAGCAUUUAACGAAUGGUAACGUGGCAGAAGAGGAAGGAAAAGCCACCAAGGAUACAGUUGAGGAGGCAAAGGAGGAAUCGAAGGCAGUACAGUCAGUACAGGCAAAUUAUGAGGCACAUCCGAAAGAGCCAGAGGUAAAUGGCAAUGAAGAGGAAGCAAUACCGAACAACCAAAAGGAGGAGCAGCAACCGACGAAACCGCAAAGUGCAGAACACAAGCAGAUGGAACCAUCAGCACCCACGGAAUCUCCUACAAAAAGCAUGGAAUCUCCUACAAAACGCAUGGAACCCCCAGUAAAAGCCAUGGCAGCCGAAGUAAAACCCAUGGAUUCAAUGGAUAAACUACCAACUCCCCCCACGCAUACGCCCACACCACCACCACCAAAAUCCCCGACAGAUUCGAUCGGUUCUCUGCAGUCGGCACGCUUUGUGCAGCCAGGUAAUCCUUUGGAGAAGCUGGAUAGCAGCCAGGAGAAGCAGAUGCUGCGUCCGCGCACACCAUAUCCAGACAGCAGCAAUGGCAGCACUCCACAAACCGUCAAAAAGACGCCCAUACGGAACUUCUCGUACGAGGCGGCCAUGGAUCAUGAGCACCUGGAGAGGACGUCGCCCGAGCUGGUCGAUAGCCUGGAGACGGUGGAAGAAGUGUCUGCCCCUGCCACCAUUCAAGUGUCCACGCCCACGCCACCCACAGAGGAGGAUGAGCAGCUAGCGGUGGAGAUAACCACAACGAAGGACUCCAGGGAUGGCAGCAAGGUGGUCAACGAGAUACGGUUUAUCAACAACGGGGUGGAUGUCACGGCCAAGGUGGAGGAGCAAAUGCCAGACACAUCCCUAGAGGACUCGAUGGAGGAGCUGGAGUCGGAUGCCGAGCAGAUGCUGCAACAGGUGGAAGAGCGCGUGGAGAAGACAGUGGCCGAGCACAAAGACGGCGCUUUGAGGGCUACUGAAGAGAUGAGGGAUGAUCUGAACUCCAGGCAAGACUCGAUCCAGAUGGCAGUGAAGAAUGCCGCCCAAGAAGCAAAGAAAUCCAUGGAAGCGGCUGGCGAGCGCAUGGCUACAGGUGCUCGCGGAGCAGUGGAUGCUGUAGGCGAUGCAGUCGGAGCCGCGGGCAAGAGUGCCCAGCGCAUGGCCAACGAUGCAAUGCACGCGAUGGAGCAGGCAGGAAGCAGUGCAGCAAAGGCAGCCUCCGAUACGAAAGACUCCAUGGGCAGGGCCAUGGACUCGGUGACCCACAAGAUCUCCAGCGAGGUGCUUGGCGCCAAGGAGAAUAUAUCGUCGCUGUUCCAGAUCAAGGCAGCCCGCGAAGCGGAUCCUCAGACUACUCCAGUGUCCACGCCACGUGGUGACGAAGAGGACAUGGACAUUUCUUCGAAGGAAGGCGGUCCCAAGACAAACACCACCUUGGGCUCUGGGGAGGAGGAUGAACGGACGACCGCGUCUGUGAACUCGAAUCACAAUUCAGCGGGCAAUGGGAAUCGAGCGCAGUUCGACGACAGCACGCCUUUCGAGCCGAGCAAUCCCUACGAUGAUCCCCUGGAUGCCGUUGUGGAGCGCAGCAAAAAGGCCAUGCAGGAUGACUUGCGGGCAAUGGAAAUGCGAACGCAUUCCCAUGUCCAGGCGGUUGCCCAGAAAACAGAGGAGGAGACCAAGGGCUUCGUUCAGCAGUUUCUGGAUAACAUGCGGCUCUCAUGUCGCAACGAAAGGGCCGUCGAUAUUGAGGAUGAGACGCGACCGCCUCCGCCGGCAGCAGCGCAGCACCACAACAAAAAUAAAGUGAACAGCGAGCUGAGUUUAAGCAACGGACAUGGCGAGCAACAAGCGUCGCGUGUUUGCACGAUUUUAUAAAACUUGCACUACUACCCUCAACACUUUUCUAAGCAAUUGCAUUUGAUUUUAAAGUACAAUUUAACGAAA